AUGGCGGGCUGUCCAGAAGGCGACGUAUUUAACGUAAAUGUAACUGAUUCCAACGUUCCAGGAUCCUUGGUUAUUGGAAAGGGCAAUACCAUUAACAUUUACAACCUUAAUAUCAUCAGCAGUCGUCUUCAUUUUCCUGAUUAUAAGUCAAGGCAUCGUCGAUCGGCUCGAACGUUGGCGAUCGCAGAUUGCGGCGGUAGACAUCGUGACACAAAAAUCAAACGGCAAAGCAAAAUUCGAUUUUCCCAACGAAAGUUCAGGGCGGAUCCUAGAAAGGCAUCUAGUGAGAGUGAAGAGGAAACUAUACCCUUCUAUUUACCAGAAAUCUCUUCGUUACAUUUGGGAGACGCCGAAUGGAAGGAUACAGAAUCUCUCGACAAGUUCUUCCCAAUUUUGAACAAAUUACAUCCUUUGCGAGAUGAAGGAAGCUGGAAUAAAUUUGACCGUGAAAGUGCUAUUCUUAAGAUGGCAAACAGAGGCGAUCGUGAGUUAGAAAUGUUGUUAUUAAUGGAAAAGAGUGUGAUAGUCAGUUAUCAAAGCGAUUUGGAGCAAGCCGAAAGGAUGCUUCUAGAAGUGCUAAAGAACGUCAACACUGAAACGAAAGUGACAGCUGCAACUCAUUACCACUUCCUUGUAUCUAUGAUUCAUGUACAUCUUUGUGGAUUCUAUCGGCGACAGAACAAGCUUGAUAAAGCAGAAAGUUCUAUCGCCAUAGCAGAGCAAAAUAGCCGAAAGUCACGUUAUUUAAAGGCGCUUAUUCUUUAUGAAAUGGCGAGUAAUCAGACAAAGAUAAUUUCUACGCUUUCGAUGACAGCGGGUGGCCGCGAGAAACGUGUGUCUCUUGCAAGAAACUACAUGAAGAAAUGUAUCAGUCUGUCUGCUGAUCUUGAUGGCAGCGAUGUUUACCUUAAGAAACACCAUUUUGGCCUUCUAAAGCUCGCCUUAAUGGCCUUGAACUGUCGCACGAGAACUGCUCGCAGUCAAGAAAUUAGCAUCGAGUGUAUUGAAGAAGGAAAGAAUUGCCUUAAAACUGUUGAGGAGAGAUACAAGGAUGAAAUGAGUCAGGCGCAGUUGAUACAAUUUCGUGUGGCGAAAGCUGACUUGCAUUGGAGGCAGAACAACUUGCUGGAUGCAGAAAUGAGUGUCCUUCAUGCUCUACAUCUUGCAGAGAAAAAUGGCUUUUCUUUGGAAAUAACUGGGAUCAAGGAAAGACUUGAUGACAUUAAUAUUUCAAGACUUCGCGAUCGUUCAAAGAAAACUACAUGUAUGCCUUUGGAGAUUUCAGACGAGAAUGCUGACACUGUUAUGAGGGACUCUCCAUUCUCUUCAGAUAUUGAGAUGGAAGUUGAGUAG